UGUUCAGCACACCCACAACUUCCAAACAUCUCUUCUAUCGCCAUGCGUUUCCUUAUCGCCUUCUGCCUGAUUGGUGCCGCCUGCGCCCAAUACAACUACGGUGCCGGUUUCAGCGGAGCCGCCUCCGACAAUGUGCCCUCCAUCUCCGGAUUCGGAGGCUCUUCAGGAGCUGGUGACUACGAUUCGGCUGCCAGCGCCCCUGUGAGCUACACGCCCUCCGGUGAGCUGAACAAGGAGUUCUACACCUUCGAGGCCGAUGAGAGCCAGUUCGAGGAUCCUCUGGCCAACCAGAAGAUUGCCGGUGCCGUGAACAGGGGACUGCGUGUCGUCUUCAUCAAGGGACCCGAGAACCGUGGCUUGGAGAACGCUGCCCUGGCCCUGGCCAAGCAGGCUGCCGAGCAGAAAACCGCCAUCUAUGUCCUCAACAAGCAGACCGACAUCGGUGAUCUGGCCAACAAGUUCAACGCCGUCCGCCAGAACGCCAACCAGCGUCCUGAGGUCCACUUCGUCAAGUACCGCACUCCCGAGGAUGCUGCCAAUGCCCAGCGCGCCAUCCAGUCCCAGUACGACAACCUGGGCGGUACCAGCCAGAACAUCAACGGAGGCGUGGCCAACGCCAUCAACUUCGCUUCCGCCGGAGCAGCCCCUGCUCGUAGCAACAACUACUCCCCACCCGGAGCUGUGAGCAACUCCUACCUGCCCGCCAACAUCCUGCGUCGCCUGCGCAUCCGUUAAGGACUCAAGGAUAGACACGAACUGACUGUUGUUUAAUAUGUUGUAGAGAUUAUAUUUGAAUAAAAACGAAAUCAAGAUUAA